AUGGACUCCUCAUUUAAGCUGACACAACCAUCCUCUUCAUCGUCAUUAUCUGGCCUCCAGUCCGUGAUGGGUGGUGUUACAUCUAAGCUAAAGCACCGCCCACCAUCAUCCACCAUCCAACCUCCAUGCCUUGUUGUUUUGACACUUGGCAGCAGCUUUGAAAGCCUUCCUCGCCUUUUCCAUGAAGUUCAAGAGGAUUUGUGGAAUGGACAUUUUGGUUUAAAGGACUUCUGUGCUGUCUGUACUCAUAGUCUUUGGUCAGAUGUAACAGUAAGAUAUAGUUCUGUGAAGUUAAACUUAUGCAUAGACUGUGUAUACAUGUGUUUGCCCACACUUGACGGCUAA